UCUCUGACUUCCCUGUUUUUCUUCCCCGGCUCCUCCCCUUCCCAUAUAUAUCCCCCGCCACUACAUUCAGCAGAGUGUACAAUGUACUGCCAGAGAGCCAGCAGUGUACAGCGAAACAGCAAGAGAGGGAGGGAAAGAAGGGGAAAGUACCUUCUCCUUUCUCUAUUUCUUGCUUUUUCUCCAGGCCGGAGCUGAUUGCGAACGUGAUCCAAGAGGCCAACGCUGCAACCUGGCUUUGGGAUUCAUCAGCCCACACCAUCAGGAUGGGCUGUACUACGGGCCACCUGGCUUGCCAAACCCAGCCCCAGACCAACGCGGGGCGGGAGGGUCAGUCCCUGGAGGCUGGUGGUGCUAAAGUCCCUGACGUGCUCUCCUCUCUGGAGCGUCUGUCCCAGGCCACUGGAGGCAUGGAGAAGUCCUGGUACCGCUGCAUCUUUCCCUUUGGAAUCAUCUCUUUGGUGAUCGGCGUCGCAGGAACUGCGGUGACCUACACCUAUAAUGACCUGCCUCAGACUAAAGUGGUGUCAGUGGUGCUGCUCGUCAUGGGUGUUUUGCUGUUGCUGAUGGCCACCACCUGUUGGAUUGUCCACAAGAAAAAGAGAAGGAAAAAGAAAGAGGGAGGCUCGUUCACCUCUGAGCAGUGUCCCUUAUGAAGCACAUGGGGAAAACAGUGGUAGGAACUUGAAAGCAGAGACAUACCCCAGGCUGGGAGCUCAAGGGUUGGCUAAAGAAAAACGCCACUUCACCUCCUCCCAGCGCCAAAUCCCCUCUAUUCUUUCUCACAGAGUUUAGCUCAGCACAUACUGGAGAGAACUUGAGCUGAGAAAUCAUAGAGAGUGGAAGGACAGAUUGACAGGACACUAAGUAUCUGUUUAGUCUGUAAAGUUUGGACCAUUUUGGAUUAGCAAGGAGGGAUCACCAAUGCCUCACGCUCUUUAAUCAUCAGACAGCAGGUGUCCAGUGUCAAAACAACCUCUGAGGAGACACACACAAAUAUGCAUUGCACACUACAUGCAUAUUUACAUGCACGGAUACACUCACAUAUGCACAAGUAGUCUCAGUGGGAGCUCGCGCUGACACCUAACACGCUAUGCAGAGCUGCUGCCGGAGUCAAUGCUAGUGUCACUAAGCACGUCAGUCACAGCAUUCCUCUUGCCACAGGUGACUCUCCAAGAGGCCAGAAGUGGGCCAAAGACGGCAACCUGAUACCCAGCCGAAAGAGCAGCGCACCCACGUCAGCGGCCAGCGUCAUUCACUCGUCCUGUGACACCGCAGCAAUGUGUUGGGGGGGCUUUUUUUACGCAAUGGGAGAGUGGAACUUGAGUCCAGCAGGAUCUUACUGGCAUCUGUGUGGACGAUGAGCUUGGAGAGGGCAGAGGACCUGCUGGGGAAGUGGAAGGUGUUUGUGUGUGAUCAAAUAAAGAUUCUGGUUAAACGGAAAGACUGUUGGACCUUGGGCUUCACAACUAAGGAACAAAAGAUUUGCAUUUAUAGCCAUGUCCACACCAAGCAAGAGAAACAUUGAGUAAAGCAACAUAUUCUGAAAGGCCUUCUGUAGCUUCAGCUACAUAUUAAAAAGGAUGGGGGCACUGACUGACUGAUUGCCCUUGUGUCAAUGUACGAGCAUUUACGCCAAGCUUAGUGUCUUCGUGGGGCACCUCAACCCCACACAGGGCAGGCCAGGAUUAUUGAAGGACACUACCCGAGGGGACAUGCCACUGAAGGGACACUUUGACUGAUCCUGCUCCCCCAGGGCCCCUCCCUCUUGGUGCCUUAAGCAAGCACUCAUGGAAAAAGGCUCUAUCGCAUUCCCCCGUUUCCAUCUGAACCCCUGAGAAUCCCCCCCCCAGUUCUUUCUCUGUCUUUAUCCCAAAAUGACUCCUCCUUCAUCCCAUAUUUCUCCAUCCUACAUCCCCAGUUUAGUUUCUGACUUGAUCGAACUCAUUUCUCCAUUGUCAUAUAGCCCAGGAGAAAGUGUGUACAGCCUUUUGACAUUCAAAUUACACACGUAUACACUUUAACAUAAACCCCAUAGUCCACAGACAUUUGUCUUCAUUGCUCUGUGCCAAAGAAAAUAGAUUAUUUUCUUUCAUAGUGGAAAGAAUAUUGUCUGAAAAUAUGGUACAAGGCUGUUCUCUAGUGAAUAAUGAUUCAUUGUUGUUCUCUACGUGACUCUGGGGUUUCCCUUUCAUAUGUUUCUUUUAGAGAGAAUGGGAGAAUGUUACUGCACUCAACUCUGUGAAUAGGUGUUUUCUGUAGGUGCGGGUUUACAGGAUGAGUCACAUACUGGCAUUUUAUUCUUGUCUUAAAUAUUCUCUCGUUUCUGUCACUGAAUGUAAAGUGGGAUGGAAAAUGCAAAUCCCAGAAGUAGUAAGUGCAACAUUCAGAAUUGUAUAGAGAUUGGGUAUAGCCUGUUUGUCCCUGUGUGAAGGACUGUGUACAAGCACUCCUUUGCCCUUGAGAAUUGUCAUUGAUCACUGUUGCAUCGAUUCUGGCCACCAGAUUAGUGACGCUCAUGCUGAGUAAAGUCUGUCUAUGCAUCCAGAGGUAGCAGUUAACACACAAUGCCAAAGACCGUCCUGGAGGCCAGCUGCUUCAAUAGACAUGCAAGUGAUCAGUCCUUUCUGACACAUUUGUUUGCGUCUCAGUGUGCCAUUUAGAUGUGCUGUUGCAUACUGAUUGUUAGCCAAACUCGGAAGGGGAAUAAGGAGGUAAUAUUGGAAGACAAAAACAGAACAUUGGAAGUCAUUACUUUCACUUUUAUGUGUGAGUGGGGAGCAAUCCCUGCAGUUGGAUUGGGUUCAGCCACCCUGAACAGAACAGUAUUAUUCUUAGGGGAUAUAAUGCAUUACUGGCAGCAGCAGUGUAAUUGUCAAGUUAACCCUGGAGCGUAAGUCUUCUCUGAUCAUUUUAUGUACUGACAAAAAAAUAGGACUAACAGAUCAGUCUGUAUUCGCAAGCACCUGCGUACUGCAUGGUCACAUCCCUUAAUCUCUUUCAAGUCAAAGGAAAUGCACAUAAAGAGUAUUUAUGAGUAUGUUCUUUUUUAGCUCAGUGUAUGACAGGUGACCAGUAUUUGUUUGUCAGAGAUGUGAAGUGAUUUCCCUCCUGCCUUUUGAAAAAUAAAAGGGAAAGUCUACCUCUCUCUGCUGCUUGGGAAAUACGUCCCUCACCCAGUAGACGGCCAUGCUGUCUGCCAAUGUAGUUUGUCACUCCAGCGAGUGACGCUAUAUAUUGUUUGUUUGUGUGCCCUCUAUUAUUUGGUGCUGUAUAUAUGACAAUUUUAUAUUUCUACUGUAUAUUUCUACUUACAUGUACAUUUUAAUUGUUGUAUUAAAUAAAUGUUAUGUGAACACA